GCAUGUUCCUCCCGCGUGCGCGCUGACCUCAGCGCGCCACGGACGUACCUACGUCGUAACGUCGCGUCUCCCCCCCCGCCCCCCCUUCUUCCCCCCGCCCCGGUAACCGGGGAAGCGGCGGCUGCGGUGCCCGAGGGACACACUGGGGACAUCAUGAAUUGGAACAAAGGUGGACCUGGUACUAAGAGAGGCUUUGGGUUUGGUGGCUUUGCCAUAACACCUGGGAAGAAGGAGGAGCCGAAGCUCUCUCAGCAGUCUCACAGUGCUUUUGGAACAGCCGGUUCUUCUGCUGCAUUUGCAAAAUCAGUACCUCCUCAGCUGCCUUCUUUCUACAAAAUUGGGUCAAAGCGAGCCAACUUUGAUGAAGAGAAUGCGUACUUUGAGGAUGAAGAGGAAGAUUCCAGCAAUGUGGAUUUGCCAUACAUUCCUGCAGAGAAUUCCCCCACUCGCCAGCAGUUUCAUUCCAAAUCAGCAGACUCUGACAGCGAUGAUGAUCCUCUGGAGGCAUUCAUGGCUGAAGUGGAGGAUCAAGCUGCUCGAGACAUGAAGAGACUCGAAGAUAAAGACAAGGAAAAAAAGAAUGCUAAGGGUAUUCGAGAUGACAUUGAAGAGGAAGAUGACCAAGAAGCUUAUUUUCGCUACAUGGCUGAAAACCCCACUGCUGGUGUGGUGCAAGAAGAGGAAGAGGAUAACCUGGAGUAUGAUAGUGAUGGGAAUCCAAUUGCACCGUCCAAAAAAAUCAUUGACCCUCUUCCACCUAUCGAUCACUCAGAGAUUGAAUAUCCACCAUUUGAGAAGAAUUUCUAUGAUGAGCAUGAGGAGAUCACAAGUCUCACGCCGCAGCAAGUGGUAGAGCUACGUCAUAAGCUAAAUCUCCGGGUCUCUGGUGCUGCUCCUCCAAGGCCUGGCAGUAGUUUUGCUCAUUUUGGGUUUGAUGAGCAGCUUAUGCAUCAAAUUAGGAAAUCUGAGUAUACCCAGCCCACUCCUAUACAAUGUCAGGGUGUUCCAGUUGCACUAAGUGGCAGAGAUAUGAUUGGGAUAGCUAAGACUGGAAGUGGAAAAACAGCAGCCUUCAUCUGGCCAAUGCUGAUUCAUAUCAUGGAUCAAAAGGAGCUUGAGCCGGGGGAUGGUCCCAUUGCAGUCAUUGUCUGCCCAACCAGAGAGCUUUGCCAACAGAUCCACUCGGAAUGUAAGCGCUUUGGUAAGGCAUAUAAUCUGCGCUCUGUAGCUGUGUAUGGAGGAGGAAGCAUGUGGGAGCAAGCCAAAGCCCUCCAGGAGGGGGCAGAGAUAGUUGUCUGCACACCAGGUCGUUUGAUUGAUCAUGUGAAAAAGAAAGCUACAAACCUUCAAAGAGUCACUUAUCUUGUGUUUGAUGAAGCUGACAGAAUGUUUGAUAUGGGGUUUGAAUAUCAGGUCAGAUCCAUCGCAAACCACGUCCGUCCUGACAGGCAGACCCUCUUGUUCAGUGCCACUUUCCGUAAGAAGAUUGAGAAAUUGGCCCGGGAUAUUCUGAUCGACCCCAUCCGAGUUGUGCAGGGAGACAUUGGAGAGGCCAAUGAAGAUGUUACUCAAAUUGUGGAGAUUUUCCCCUCUGGCCCUAGCAAGUGGAACUGGCUGACUCGACGCCUCGUGGAGUUCACGUCUUCUGGCAGUGUUCUCCUGUUUGUCACCAAGAAGGCAAAUGCAGAAGAGUUGGCCAAUAACCUCAAGCAGGAGGAUCAUAACUUGGGACUGCUUCAUGGUGACAUGGACCAGAGUGAGAGGAAUAAAGUCAUUUCAGAAUUUAAGAAGAAGGGGAUCCCGAUACUGGUAGCUACUGAUGUGGCAGCUCGUGGGUUAGAUAUUCCUUCCAUUAAGACUGUCAUCAACUACGACGUGGCUCGAGACAUAGAUACCCACACCCAUCGGAUCGGUCGCACCGGCAGAGCGGGCGAGAAGGGAGUUGCCUACACUCUGCUGACUCCCAAAGACAGUAACUUCGCUGGUGAUCUUGUCAGGAACCUAGAAGGGGCUAAUCAGCAUGUUUCCAAGGAACUGUUGGAUUUAGCAAUGCAGAAUCCAUGGUUUCGAAAAUCACGUUUCAAAGGAGGAAAAGGCAAGAAGCUGAAUAUUGGUGGUGGUGGCUUAGGAUACCGUGAACGUCCUGGUCUGGGAUCAGAAAACUCUGACCGUGGAAACAACAACAGCGUGAUGAGUAACUACGAGGCGUACAAGCCAUCCACUGGGGCAAUGGGAGACAGGCUUACAGCAAUGAAAGCAGCUUUUCAGUCCCAGUACAAGAGCCACUUUGUUGCUGCAAGCUUAAACAAUCAAAAGACUGGUAGCUCUGCUGCUGGGGCAAGUGGCUGGACCAGCGCCGGGAGCUUGAACUCGGUACCGACGAGUUCAGCCCAGCAAAACACUGCAAGCCCUGAGAGCCCACUUGCAGCCACCGCAGCAGCAAAGGGUGUGCCAGGCUUCACCAGCACGGGGAGUUUGAGUAGCGUUCCCACCUUCCCAAGCGUCGGGGGACAGGGCUUCAACAACACAAGUGCCAGCACCAACAGUCGAGAGGGCGGCGGCGGUACCGGUGUUGCCACCACUGGUGGUGGUGGUGGCGGCGGCGGUGGCGGCGGUGCCGUGGUCAGGGAACGGUACAACGACAGCCGGCCCGGUCGGCACAACGAAGCCCCGCGCCGUGGAGAGGGGGGUGGUCGCUACAACGACGUGCAGCGCCACGGGGAAGGAGCUGGUCGCCACAGUGACGUUUACCGCCACGGAGAGAGCCGCCACGGCGACAACCAUCGCCACGGGGAGAGCCGGCACUUCACUGACGUGGGUGCUGGGAACCGCAAUAACGGUGACAGCAGGAACAGCAGCGAGGGGAGGAACAACGAGAACAGGAAUGGUGACAACAGGAAGGAGGCCGCCAACCGAGACAACAAAACAGAUGGGUUUGCUGUCCCAGAGCCCCCAAAGCGGAAGAAGAGCCGGUGGGACAGUUAAAAGCUGGUGUUGCCCCAGCAUGGGGUCCCUGCAGGUGGUGUUGCCUUUUGCCAGAGGAUUUUGGGGGGGGGGUUUUGGUAAGUGGUGGUUGAGAUGCUGGGGGAGGAGAAGGAAACCAUACGAACUACACUCCCCGUGCAAGUCUGGGCCGGUACAUCUGCAAACAGCUUCUCUCUAAUGAUGUGUACACACAGUGCUUUAGUGCAAGAGAAAUCAUUUUGGUAAAGCUCCCUGGGUUCUGCUUUAAACAUUCAGUGCUCAAGUGACUGCUGGAGUUAAACAGAUCUUGCCAAGAAAGAAGCUGUUUCAUGGCCUUGGAACAUUAAGAAACUGUUGUCCCUACAAGUAUAAAGUAGUCCUUUUCUUAACCAGCAUUCACACUUAAAAAGUAACAGCUAGAGAUGCUCAGGACCCACCUGGUAAACAGUGCUCUCUCGGCAGUGUGUUCAGUGUGGUAAGUUCUUCCCCAGCCUCUUGUUUUCCCAUAUUAUCCCUACAUAAUUUGGCCUCCAGGUUGCCCCUUACAUCCCAUCACGUAAGGAUCCAUCAAUUUGCAUUGCUGAAGGUGGGAUGAAGCUGAUUUUCCUUGUUUUUUGUUUUUUUAAGAAGCUGUUCAAAGGCUCCUUCUCCAGCCCAGCAAACCCCAAAUUCACCUCUAGUGCAGGCUGGACUCCCUUGGCUUGGCUGUGGUCAGUACAUCAAUCCCAACCCCACUGCCCAGGUCUUUCAUUCUUCUAAAGAACCUCUUCUCUCCUGCAACCCUUCACGUUGAUGGAAGCCUGCAUAGCAAACUUGGCUCUCUGCUGUGCCUGUGCACCCUCUGUUAUGAGAGGGUUGAGUGCUUUCUUCAAAUUAAAGACAAAAAAGGGAAUCCAAUACAGCCACACUACUCCAAGGCUGGUGCCCCCCAUGCAGUAUAGCUCAGUGAAGAGGCUUCCCUCAGUAAUUCAGGGACCUGCUGCUCUCAGAAGCCUUCAGGGAGAACCUGAGAAGCGAUUGAUGAAGUGGAACAGCUCGGCUCUCGCCCCAUAUUGGACACAUGUAGUUAAAACUGUAAAAUCCUGCUUGACAGUUUUUAACUCCUUGUGUGUAUUAUCCCUUUUUUAACUCUUUGUUGGCACCAUAAAGGUAAGGCAGGAAAUCUUUUGUUGAAACAUGGCAGCACCCACCCCUGUCUUGUUUCUACUGAAAGAAGGGUUGGAAUCUGUCAGGUUUUGGUGACAUUGUGAUGUUUUCUUUAUCAGCUGUGCAUUUACUUUCUGCUUGCUCUAGUAAAUGUUUUAUUACUGGUUCAAA